CUUUACUCCUGAGUAAGCCGCGAGAGUCCCGCCCCAGGUUUUCGACUUGAGGCGAGGGGGCUUCCUCCCUGGAGCCCCUCCGCCGCGCGCGCCUCAGAGCUUCCCUCCUCCCCUCCGCAGGCCGGCGCUUCCCAGGCCGGGCGAGGGGAGGAGCGAAGAGAAAAGGGGCGGAAGUGCCCGCAACUCGAGCCGGUUCUGCGCCUCGGCGUUGGCGCUCACAGGCGAGCCAGCUGUGUGGGAGCGCCCGCGCGUCCUCGGUGCCGUGCGCUUCGAACGGCGCGUCUCUGGCAGCCGGCCGCUUCGGAGGUGAGCCGAGGGACACUGGGAGAAGGGGGCGAAGAGGGAAGCAGGACGAGCGCCGAUCCAAGUCUGACCAGGAUUUUCUUAAGAGACAACUUGUCAAAGUGAGCAUCUUUAAAGCUAGGAAGAAAAUACACAUUCCAGAUUUCAAGCACUAGUAUAUUCACUAUCUGGAAUUAGACCUUGAUCAUCAAACGUCAUGAACAACUACAGUGUUUCUUUGGUGGGUCCAGCCCCGUGGGGUUUCAGACUUCAAGGUGGCAAAGACUUCAAUAUGCCUCUGACGAUCUCUCGGUUGAGUGAUGGAGGCAAAGCUGCCAAUGCCAGUGUGGGAAUCGGUGAUGUGGUUCUUAGUAUUGACGGCGUAAGUGCAGAUGGGAUGACUCAUCUAGAAGCCCAAAACAAGAUCAAGACCUGCUCAGGCAAGCUGACUAUGAACUUGCAAAGAGCACCUGCAGCCCCCAAACCUGAUCCUAUUCCUGUGCAUCAAGUAGAGCCUACGGAACUAGUUAAGCCUGUGCCCAUUGCAUCUGCAGUCACACCCAAAGUUUCAUCCACAGCUAACCUGGCCUUCAAUAAAGCCCCACGGCCAUUUGGGGCUGUGUCAUCUUCCAGGGUCACAUCCAUCCCAUCACCAUCGUCUGCCUUCACUCCGGCCCAUGCAAGUUUUUCAUCACGUGCUUCCCCUCCACCACCGACCACUCCCACGCCUCCUCCUUUUACUGCCUCUGGACUGCAUGCUAAUGCCAAAUCUAAUGCUGACCAGCGUUCACCUGUGCUGAGCGCUGCUAAACCUGCAGUCAAUAUCCCAUGGCAGCCCACAUACCAUGCAUCCUCGAAUACCUCUGUCAACGAAAAUGCCCAGGAGGUGGCAGAGGGGCAGCGAAGAGGAUUCAAAGAGAACCAGGUUGACAGUACACAGCAAAAUGGUCCACCACGAAAGCAUGUUGUCUAUACAAAUACGGAAUUUUACCAUCCACCAACUCACAGCAACCACAGCAAGAAACGGUUGAUUGAGGAUACUGAGGACUGGCGCCCAAGAACAGGAACAACCCAGUCACGUUCUUUCCGAAUCCUUGCACAGGUCACUGGCACCGAAUACAUGAAAGAACCUGAACCUGAUAACACGAAAAAGACAAAUGACUCUCUGGAGCAACCACAGCUUACUGCUUAUACCUCGGCUACAGUAAGAAGCAUGCCAGAAAGCCCGGAAAAUGGCACAAAUAGACCCGUUUCUGCCAAUGCGGCAUCUGCUCCAGGCUUCAAACCCACAGGACCUCAGUAUGGGGUAAAAACCUCCGGCUGGCAGUCUUCUAAUCAACUAGCAUCUGGAAGUGGUUAUAGCCCGAACAGCAGUGCCAAACCUGGAGCAAGUGUGACGAGUGAAAAAUCCACCAUGCCCCUAACAGACGAAGACUCUUUGGUUCAAAGAGCAGAACACAUCCCAGCAGGAAAGCGAACUCCCAUGUGUGCUCAAUGCGAUCAAGUAAUUAGAGGACCUUUUCUGGUGGCUUUGGGAAAAUCUUGGCACCCAGAGGAGUUUAACUGUGCCCACUGCAAGACCUCUAUGGCUUACAUUGGCUUUGUGGAAGAGAAAGGAGUGCUCUAUUGUGAAGGGUGCUAUGAGAAGUUCUUCGCCCCCGAAUGUGCUCGAUGUCAAAGGAAGAUACUUGGGGAAGUAAUAAAUGCCUUGAAACAAACCUGGCAUGUUUCCUGUUUUGUGUGCGUAGCCUGUCACAAGCCCAUUCGUAACAAUGUUUUCCAUUUGGAAGAUGGUGAUCCCUACUGUGAGACAGAUUAUUACGCCCUUUUUGGUACCAUGUGCCAUGGCUGCGAAUUCCCCAUCGAAGCUGGAGACAGGUUCCUGGAAGCCUUGGGCCACACCUGGCAUGAUACUUGCUUUGUGUGUUCAAUAUGCUGUGAGAGUUUGGAGGGCCAGACUUUCUUUUCGAAGAAGGAUAAGCCCCUGUGCAAGAAACAUGCCCACUCAGUGAACAUCUGAAACAUGAAAUGUUCCUAAAACAAACCUAAUGACAGGAAAGGAAAGAUAUGGAGUGUUUGUUUUCAAUAUGCUUACUAAAGUAUUUAUGUAGACUUUUGAAAUCGUAGAGAAGCAAGGGAAAAUUGAGCUUUUGAUCUUUCAUGCAAUAGAACUGGGAGUAUUUAGAGGGGCAUAAGUUAGUAAUGUCAGAAAGAAAGAAAGAAAGAAAGAAAGAAAGAAAGAAAGAAAGAAAGAAAGAAAGAAAGAAAGAAAGAAAGAAAGAAAGAAAGAAAGAAAGAAAGAUUUUCUUUUAUUGACAGCAUACCUUUGUGUUCAGUUGCGUUUUUACAAAAGGAGAUGUUAUCUCGGCCAUGCAAUUCCAUAAUAUAAUUUGGAUGUGCAUUUAAGUACUAUGAAUGGGUAAAAUUAUUCCUAAUUAAAGGCAUGGCAAAAUUAGACGUGGGUUCAUAUAUUCUUCAGGACAAAGAAAAAGAGUUCUGCCAUAGAUAAUGUAAUUGGUAUGUAUCAUACCUUUCAAAAACAUUACAGCCUGAAGCCGUUUUACACACAUGAGGAUUCGUGAUAUAAGUAGUUGGGGAAUUUGAAAAGCCUAAUUCUGUUAAAUUUCAUAGUAUAGAAAGCGUUGCCUUUUUGCGUUGUUUUGUUUUGUAAGUGGUGCAGAAAAAGUAAUUCAGCUUCUGCACACCAAGUAAUGAGAUAUUUAACCACUUGGAAAAAAAAAAACUUUUGUAACUGGCCAGGAAGAACAUGGGACUCAUCUACUUCUAAAACAUAGCCAGUAAUACCAUAAAGAAGUGUGAGGAAUGGGAGGGGGGUUCUUACUCUUACACGUUUUUGUAUCUACCGUGUGCACAAUUUAGUAUGACUUUUGGUAACAAAUACAAACGGGAACUGUGGGAAAUGAAUAAUUUCAACUACCUUAGAUGCACAAAUCUCAUUGCAUUCUUGCACAUUAAGCAGAUAAAUGCCGAAUAAACUCUUUCUUCCCUUACAUGAUCUUCCUGAUAGUUGCCUUUAUUAUAAAACUGUUAAUGAUGUUGGCUUGUCUUUUUAAUACACAUGCCAUUGCUUAUCUUAUAAUGAUCUGUAUAUAUGCAUUGCUAUAUUUCCUCAACUAUCUCCUCUGAUGCUUGGUUUCUCCAGAGAUAGAAAAGUAACAUUAUUAAGAAUGCAGAGUAGUUUUAAUGGGAAGAAAAAGGACCGAGUAUAUAUUGUAAUGCUUCUUUUAAAAAUCUUAUUUGAACCCCAAUGAAGAGUUCAUCUUGCCAUGCGGGCAAAUAAUUAUCAUUGUUUCGGUGAUCUUCUUGAUCUCCCAGGCAACACUCUGCAUGUGUUGUGAGGUGUAAUGUGUGUUUUAUAUGGAUAUGAAUGGAGUAAGUUUGACUCAGUAGAAUCCAUGCAGGAGAAGACUGGGCAAGUUUAAUUGGACAGUGUUAGUUCUCAAUUCUUUUAUAAAGUUGAAGUUACCCUUUCCAGGUGAGAGCUGAUCUAAGGCUUAUCCACAUUUGCCAUUGUUAAUCUUCUGGUUUAUAUACUUCACUGUACAUAGUACAGUGUAACAUGACGGUACACUACAUAGUACAAUGGUACUGUACAUUAUAUUGUACAGUGUUAAUAUAAUCAGUCAGAAAAACAGUCACCUAUACUGGCCACAGCCAGUUGAUCAGAGGAUUUUUUUCUCCGUUGCCCUCGGAUUUAACUUUUAGUAAGGGAUUGUGGAGAAUUCUUAUUACCCCUUGGUAGGACAGUGUUGACAAUUGACUUACCAAAUGCCUGAAUGUAUUCCAUGUAAGUAAACAGCAAAUGGUGGUUGGUAGAUAAAUUGAAAUCAUAAUAUCUUAUUAUGUCUUGAUAAUCUCAAAAUAUGCAAAUAUUGGGCAUCCUUGAAUCUCACAUAUAUCCUAUAACUAUCUAAAAUUCAUGAUAAUUUUAUAGUUACUAUCAACAGAAUUUACUUUUCAUGCCAUGCUUCUUAUAGUGUUAGCCAACAUUUUUACACGCAAUUUUAUAUCUUAGUAUUUAUUGGGGGGAGGGUAGAACUAUUCAAAAAUGUGAGCUUUUAUUUUUAGAAAGUCUGCUCAUUUACCUAGACUCUUAGAUAUGGUUUUAUCAUUACUUAACUGUGGCAAAAUAAACACUGACCAUUCAUUCACUGAGGAGUUUACAACUGGCAAAAUAACAUUAAAAGAGUGGUGGCCUCCUAAGUAUGCAGUGCCCAGACUUUAAACAGUCCUACCACAUGGGUACGCUUUAAAUGUGCUAAUAAAUACUACUAUGAAGGCUGGAAAGUAAGAUACCUGGCAGAAAAGGGUUGUGGGCAUGUUUAGGAACUAGAACAUAUGUAAACAACACAUUUUAAACUUGUAGCGGUGCAAGACUAAACCGAAAAGUAGGAACUGUUUCACUUUGUGAUCCUCAUAGCAUGGAUCAAGAAUAAUGCAAUGUUACUCAUGUCUGGAUCUUUGUUUCAUUUCAUUCAAUAGAUUCUGGCUAUUGUAAAUGCUUGCUUUGAUUUUCCUCUUGGUUUCUUCAGUUUCCACACACACCCCUCUUUUGGACCUGUUUUUUAAACACGAUUUCUGUGGUCAGCUUUGCCUUUGGAUCCGGUUCUUACAAAAAAAAAAGAGCACAAUCAGAAGUAAUAUGAUGUAUACAUGAAUAAAAAAUGCCUGUGAACUUACAAA